CCCAUAAAUAUGAAAAAGACAAAAAAAUUACACGAAGUAUGCUGUUUGAAGGACUAACGGCAUGGUUUUCAACAAGUGUAACAAAAAAAUGGAUAACUGUUUGGAUACUUCAAGGUGGAAGGAUAGAAUCAAAUUACAAUGCAUUGCUUUUGUUUAGUGAAAGUAAUACUGUCAGUGAUACAAAAGCAUUACUGGAAAGCAAAAAUUGCCAAGAAUAUGUGGUUCUUCAUCCAAGAUAUAUCGGAGCUUGCAUUUCACAAAAUAGUUUAAUACCUAUUAAAAAUGCUAAUUGUAUAAUACUCUCUAAAGAUAUGUUUGACGCUUUCAAAAAUAAAAUAAAUCAUAAUCAUUCAACUAUUGAAAAUAAGAUAGUUAAUGGAAACGUUAUAAUGCGCAGACAUCCAAUUAAAUUUCAUCGAAAGUCUAUCAUUUCUACCGCUUGGCUAAAGAAAUCUCCAUUGUUGUCAUCGAAUUUCACAUCUAGUUGCAGCAGUAUCGACUGGGGUCUUUUUCUUAGGAGUGUUGGUUAUGUUGAAAGUUCAAUGUUAGGUAAAGCGAAGAAUGAUUUAGAAUUUAUUAACAUCUCAAGCGAAAAUUGCCCAUAUUCAGUUAUAUGUACUACAAAGAGUAAUUUCAUAUGGAAAAAUGUUUAGAAUAUGAUUACAUCGACAUUUUCAAAUUACUUAAAAUGUUGUUAGACGUAUAUUUCCUUUAUUUUGUGUUUAUAAAUGUAUAAAAAUAUAAAAAAUGCAAGAAUGUAGUAUCUAAAGGAUGAGGAAUAAAAUAACGUGUCUAGUUUCAUCAAUAAUUGCGUGUUUUGUAAAUAGAAAA